AUAGUGAGGGGAAGAAAAAAAAUUCUCUUGUGUCUACUUUACUCUGUCCGUUAACACUAUACAUAUACUCUUAUAUAUCAAAAAAUGCUUGCGGUGUUUUUUUCUCUCUCUUUCUAAGUGAAAUGGUAUAGAUGACGGCCAACAGGGAAAUAGGGAAUUAAUUCCCCUAAUCGCCUGAUCGCCGAUGUCCAGCCAUAAACAAAGUCAGAAAUUAAGUUUUCCAACAUUAAACGUGUUUCGUGAUCAACCGUGACCUCGCGAAUUCAACCAAAGCGACCACACGAAUCACCCGUUACUCUUAAACGUAACCCCUUUCUUGAAGCGCGUGAAUAAAUUACAAUGGAACCGGCCAAGAGCAGUAAGGACAAGGGAAAGAAUGGCAAGGACAGUGAACCGGGUGAUGAGGCGAACAAAGCAUCGAGUGGACCACCAUCAGUCAGUGCUCCUCCACCUCCAACACUCAUAAAUAAAAUCAAGUAUCAACCAGGAGUGCCAGUUAUCAAAAAGGAUAAACGACAGAGCAGUUCGAGAUUCAAUAUAUCGAAGAAUCGCGAAUUACAAAAAUUACCGCUUUUAACAGAAGCGCAACAGGGUAACGAAAGUGAACAGCUCUUUAUUCAAAAGCUUCGGCAGUGUUGUGUUCUUUUUGACUUUGAAUCUGAUCCCCUGUCAGACUUGAAAUGGAAGGAAAUAAAGCGAGGAGCACUCCACGAGAUGGUGGAAUACGUCACCGAAAACAAAAAUGUCAUUACCGAUCCAAUAUAUCCCGAGGCAGUGAAUAUGUUUGCGGUGAAUCUUUUUCGCACAUUGCCACCGUCAUCGAAUCCAAAUGGAGCGGAAUUCGAUCCCGAGGAGGAUGAGCCAACGUUGGAAGCGGCAUGGCCACAUUUACAAUUGGUUUAUGAAUUUUUCUUACAUUUUCUCGAGUCACCUGAUUUUCAGCCAACAAUUGCAAAACGUUGCAUUGAUCAUAAAUUUAUUCUUCAACUUCUCGAACUUUUUGAUUCUGAGGAUCCACGCGAGAGAGAUUUUCUGAAAACAACAUUGCACAGGAUUUAUGGAAAAUUUCUCGGCCUCCGGGCGCACAUUCGAAAGCAAAUAAACAAUGUUUUCUAUAGAUUUAUAUAUGAAACGGAGCAUCACAACGGAAUUGCGGAGCUACUUGAAAUUCUUGGAAGUAUUAUCAAUGGCUUUGCGUUACCUCUGAAGGAGGAACAUAAAGUUUUUUUGCUCAAGGUCCUAUUGCCAUUGCACAAAGCGAAAUCAUUGUCCGUUUAUCAUCCGCAAUUAGCUUAUUGUGUUGUACAAUUUUUGGAAAAGGACCCAUCGUUGACCGAACCAGUUAUAAGAAAUCUCUUAAAGUUUUGGCCAAAGACACACUCCCCAAAGGAGGUGAUGUUCCUCAAUGAACUCGAAGAGAUUUUAGACGUAAUAGAACCGGCCGAAUUUCAAAAAGUCAUGGAUCCACUUUUUAGGCAAUUAUCCAAAUGCGUUUCGUCACCACAUUUUCAGGUGGCCGAGAGAGCUCUCUAUUAUUGGAAUAAUGAAUAUAUAAUGUCUUUGAUUUCGGACAAUUAUUCUGUUAUUUUGCCGAUCAUGUAUCCAGCAUUGUACAGAAAUUCACGGAAUCAUUGGAACAAAACAAUACACGGACUAAUUUAUAAUGCUUUGAAACUUUUUAUGGAAAUGAAUCAAAAAGUAUUUGAUGAAUGCUCACAACAAUACUGCCUGGAUCGCCAGAAGGAGUUGAAACUUUUUAAAGAGAGGGACGAAGCGUGGUCGAAAGUCGAGUCUCUGGCAAUGAGGCAUCCCAAUUAUAAUUCGAUAAACAAAGGGAUGCAAAUUAAAACUCAUCCUGCAAAUCAACAAGAAAAUACACCACCUGAUGAGGACGGCGAUAACGAUCAAUCACCAUUGACGUUAGAGAAAAUCGAAGCAAAAGCCAACGAGGCAAAGAAGAUGACAAAUACAAACAAAUCGAAACCAUUGCUACGAAGAAAAAGCGAAUUGCCGCAGGAUUCUUAUACAAUGAGAGCGCUUUCUGAUCAUAAACGUGCAGAUGAAUUUCUUGUGACACCUCCAGAUCCGAACAACUGCUAGUCCCUACCUCAUGACCUUCCGAUUCGUCCACUCUUUUGCUGUCCCACCAUCGGAAGUUGAAAAUUCUUUCAAGAAAACGAAAAGGAAAGUGAAACCAGCAGCUAAAGGAAAAGAAAAGCUUUUUGGAUAAAAAGUAAGCAUAGUUACAUCUUGUACGCAAAAAAAAGAAAAACAAAACAAAAAUCGUCUUCCGACUUAUAUAAUCAGCAAGAAGAGAAUCCAGAAUCAGAGGCAAAAAAACAAAAAUAAUUAAUAAUAAUUGCAGGAAUAAUGUGUCAGCAAUUAAAAUCAUAUCUUCUCUAUUUUUUUCUCUUACUUUUAUUUUGGACAGUCGAGCAUGACCAUUGUGUUUUGCGAUUAUCCAUACCUCGGCAUUCCAAGAAAAAAAACCCAAUGGCAGUGACAAAAAACCCGGAAAAAUUAUUUAAAAAAAAGAACUUCUGGGAAUUGUUUUCGAAAAAUUCGAUACUUUUCUCUAUUUCUCUCUAGCGUUUUCCUGGACGUAGUUUUUUUUUUUUUAAAGAAAAAAACAUCUGGCGGUUUUUUUGAGAAAAGAAAAUAGAUUUUAAACAUGAAACGAACUAGAGAAUAAUAUUAAAAAAAAAUUGAAUAUACAUUGCCAACUCUUGGCGUGCUUCAGUCGCUUGCAUGUGUCUUAGGGUAGUUAACUCACAUUUUUAGAUGACAAAUUUGCAAAGAAAAAAAUAGUUAAUCUCUCUCUUGUUUCUACCUCCAUUUUAAUGUAUUAGUCAGUUUCAUUUCCAUAACUAAAGAAAUACAAUUGUGAAUAUAAAUUUUCUGGUUAAGAACAAAAAAAAUCUAGGUGGCAAAGCGUUGUUGAUUCAUUGGUUAACUUUUACAAGUAGAAAAAAAAUCUUCUUGGUAAAAAAAAGAGAAUCUCCGCUCUGCUGGUAGGCAAUAAUUACAGAAUAAAGAAACAAAAUCUUUUCAAGAAUGCAAAAAAAUCUAUAGAAAUUAAUGUGAUAAUUGAAAAUAACAAAAAACGGAGGUAAAAAAGAGUUUUACAAAGUUCACUAGCCAUUCCCCUUAGCGAAUUUUCAAAUUUCAAAUUUCGGACUCUUAAAAAAUAGAUUUCUAAUUUAGUUCAAACACAAAAAGGCAAAAUUCUGAAAAUGAAAUUACUUUUUUCGAUUCUUUUGAAAUAAUUUAAUUUAAAAAAUAGAGAUUUCCAUCUGUUUUAAAAUUAAUGAAAUUCGUAUCCAAAAAUAGAAUAGAGAAAAGAAUUUUUUGGUAUUUUUAAAAUUAAAAUUUAGAAAAUUGAAGUUGUGUCAAUUCGCUAGGAUCUUAAAAAAAUGAAUAGAUCUCUCCACUACGAGUUGAUUAUUAGUAGAAUAAAUAUUAAUAUUAUUAAAUGUUAAUAUGAAUAGACACACGAAAAAAGAAGCUAGAAUAUUUUAGAAGUUUAAACCUGACUGGAGUCGCGUCAUUAUAUUAAAUAAAUAUAUAUAGUGUUGUGGUGUAAAUGGAUCUACGUUCUUUAAAUGCGUCACAUUUUAUAUCGAGUUGAAAAAAGAAGAAAAAAAAGAAAAAUAUAACAUAAACAAAGAAACAAAACUAUAUAAAGAGAAAACAACAAGACUUAUUAAAAUUGCUAAAUGAAAAAUAAAAAUAAAUCGUCGUGUGUGGCAGCUCCCCUUUGGCAUUU